AUGGAAAACAGCAGUAGAGCAAGAUUUGAACUCUCGGACAAUGACAAUGACAAUGACCAUUCAGAGUCUAUACUAUCUACUACGCCAAACGUCUAUAUCGAGCCUGAAGUCCCCGAUCCAUUUCUCAUUGAUUCCGAUGCUUCAGACGAGGAACCAGAAGCUCACGCUAAACGAAAGCAAGAACUUUCUGUGGCUACUGCCACUCAAUCAUUCAGUCAACAGAAUUUGAUCAAAAAUGGACCUCCAUCGCCUACUGAAAGCGAAGAAGAAGACGCACCAGAGAUAUAUCUCCCUGGACUUGUGCUGCCUACUAUGUUUCUGCCCAUACCAAAUACCGAUCCAUUAACUACGUUGUUGAACAAGUACAUACAUCCACCGGAGAGGCGUCCAAUGCGAGACAUUUCUGGAGAAUGGCAAAAGAACAACUUUCAUACGCUCGUGCUAACCAACAGCUGGAGAGCAUUAGCUAGGAUGGCGCGCGAUCGACUAGUCACUACCGACCCAGAGGACUUGGCUCUGGUGUUAGGCCUAUGGUAUCUUCGUCUAGCAUGCCUAUCACGACUACGCCUCUUCAACCAAACUUCCGUCGAAUGCACCAACCUUUUUUCUGUCUUGAACACUGUCGAACCUCCAGAGGCGAAGUCAUGGUUAUUUGAAAAGCUACUUCCAUUUGAACUCGAAGUGAUGUACGUGCGGCUCAAAUAUUGGGCUGGAGAUCAUAUGGGCUACCUUGACGCGCUCAAUGCGUUAUUGAGAAAGUGUAAGCUCAAGGCAAGGAAGGCUCCAAAAUCAGAUCCAACGAUAAGUUCGAUGUGGAAAGAACGUGCAGCGAGGGUUUCUUUGAUCAUUGCGUCCCAGUUAUGUGAAAUGAAAGAUUUUGGUGCAUCCACGAAACUAUUGGAGUCCUUAUGCAAUCAAUCGGAGCCAACAUCGGCCCUACGAUCUGCAUUAGCGCGAAUCUAUCUCCAGGGCGGAUAUAUACAGAAAGCUAAAACACAUUUUUCGUUUGUCGAGCAGAGUCCUGACGCUACUGAGGGCAUGAAAGGCAUGAACCGGGCAUUGUUAGCCUGCGCGAAUGGAGAAUGGGAUCUUUCGAGUACGAUAUUGACUGAUCUCAUUGAGAGCGAACCAGAUAAUUUCGUGGCUGUCAAUAACUUGUCCGUCUCUUUGUUGAGUCAAGGACGAUUGAAAGAAGGCAUAGAAGUAUUAGAAAAGGCACUCGAAGCGUCGCCCGCUGCUGUCGUGGUAGCAGAACCAUUUCUGUUUAACCUCUCAACACUUUACGAGUUACGGUCAUCCAUUGCGACACAGAAAAAGCUCGAAUUGCUGGUGGAGGUUGCCAAAUGGAGUGGAGAUGGGCUGAAAACGACGUGUCUGAAAAUGCCUAGUAAUUGA